UGCAAGGAACUGUCAAACUUGCAUAUGGAUUCACCAAAUAUUGGACUACUGCUUGUGUGAAUUGUUACAAAAUUGUGAAUGCUGACAUUGACUAGAUCAUUCAUUGUCCUUCAUGCAAACAGCAAAGUGAAGUUGAACUGAGGGCUCGCAUUCCAAUUAUAAUAACUGAUCCUUCGAGCUCAAUACAUUGCAUUAUAUCUUGAGAAGAUGCUGAAAAAAUGAUUGAGUUCACUCCACUACAACUUAAGCAAGCACAGGAAGAUGGCUUUGGAAUAGAUACUGAACUUAAUGAUGCCUUGAAAAAAUACACAGUUGUCUGUUUUUUGAAAUCCUAUGAGACUCCCUUCCAAGGUCAACUGCAGAGAAAGAAUACUGUCAUCAAGGCUUACACUGCAGCUGAACUAUCGCACCAUCCCCUUCCACUGGCACUUCCAGAAAACACUCAAGUUUCUUCUGCACUUGGCAGUUCAUCAGCAAGGCAUCCAGAAAAAUCAUCAAAGGAUCAGAUGUUCACACCAACGACAGAGUUGGUACUUGAAGAAAUUGCUGGAGCCAGUUCUUACAAAGAAGGGCAGACGUCUACAACCAAUGGAGCAAAAAGAAGCCUUGAAUUUCCAGAAUAUUUACCAGCAGACAUACUUCCUGAACAUGCAACAAAGACUGCUGAACAGUUUGCCAAAGAACCUGCAAAAUCAUAUAGCCCACCUGACAAUAUGAAGGAUAGUCCAGCAAAGAAAGCUAAAGCAAAGGAAGAUUGAUAUGGUCUAAUUCUGUACUUUUGUUAUAUCUUUUGUUCAUUGCCUUGAUGACUGUCUUGAUUGCUUAGACAAUGCCUU